AUGGUGCGUCAACUUCACGACGGUAUGAUGGCGCCAGUCACGGACAAUCGAGCUGUCACAGGGGCAUUCACAGUGACCAAGGGAGUGAAGCAGGGAUGCGUUUUGGCGCCUACCCUCUUCAGUCUCAUGUCCUCUGCCAUGCUGAUGGACGCCCACCGUGAUGAACGCCCCGGGAUCCGCAUCGCGUACAGGACGGACGGUCACCUUCUCAAUCAACGGCGGAUGCACUUCCAGUCGCGCGUCUCCACAACCACCGUUCACGAACUUCUCUUCACCGACGACUGCGCCUCAACACCACCACGGAAGAGGACAUGCAACGGAGCAUGGACCUGUUCUCCGCCGCAUGCGAGAACUUCGGUCUGGUCAUCAACACGCAGAAGAGGGUGGUCAUGCAUCAAACGCCACCCAACACAGCCCCUCCCCUCGACGGGUCGCAAAUCAGAGUGAACGGAACCCAACUGCAAGUGGUGGACAGCUUCACAUAUCUGGGCAGUACCCACUCCCGCAGCACCAAAGUCGACGAUUAAGUGGCCCAUCGGAUCUCCAAGGCUGACCAAGUCUAAGGCCGUUUGCAAAGCGUAGUCUGGAAUCGCCACAGUCCCCAUCUCAACACCAAACUGAAAAUGUACAAGACGGUCAUCCUCCCGAUGCUGCUGUAUGGAGCGGAGACCUGGACGGUGCACAGGAAGCAGGCGCGGAGACUCAGUCACUUUCACCUCAGCUGUCUUCGACGGGUACUGAAGCUGAGAUGACAGGGCCGGAUACCGGACACGGACGUAUUGGAGUAGACGGAAAUUUUCAGCAUCUACGCCAUGCUGAGGCAACUCCACCUCGUACAGGUGGGCGACGAACGGUUACCCAAACGGCUCUUCUAUGGAGGUGUUGUUACGGGUUCCUGCCCCAAUGAGGCCAAGUCCGUCGCUACAAGGACACUCUGAAGACUUCCCUGAGGUUCGAGGCACCAAUCAGCUUUGUAGGACACCUUUGUAUCAACCGCAUCAGCCGGACUACGCCACUUGCCCUCUCCUUUUCCUACUCUGCCUCAUCCUUCACGCCGACGACGAAUAUUGGCCGCACUCCCGAAUCCCCACCACCAUCCUCCUCCUCCUCCUCCUCCUCCUCCUCCUCCUCCUCCUCCUCCUUUACUGCCUCAGCAUCCGCAAUGGCGGCUCCUGUGCCCACCACAGCGUACACAGUUCUCACACCACAAACAUCAGCCCCCACCAACGACUUUAUCGACGUGGACUCGACCCAUGCCUGUCCUCAUUGCGACCGCACCUUCACAUCACACAUCAGCCUGAUCGAUUACCUGCUAAUCCAUCGCACAGGACCGGUUGAACCAGUGCUUGGAGUAUCCGCAUGCACUCGCCGCAUUCGCCUCCACUGUCCGCACUGUCCCCGCACAUCUCACUCAACGCAUGGGUCUAUUCGGUCAAAUGCCUAUCCACGGGAGAGGAAUUGA